CGGCGUUUUUCUGCGUGACUGUGUGGACGUUAUUCUUGAACGGCAACCAAAAAACUCAGCAGGCAUUCAACUUUGAAAGCAGAGAUACCUGAAAAAGUGGUCAAGCAAGAGCAAUUUGCACAAAUUUAUAAAAUUUGCAAAUCUUGUUGAAACGUGCUUGGUUUUAAGUAUUUAAAAGUCGUGUUUACGUACGAGUGCUAUUUGCAAAAUCAAAAACUAAACUCUUUUUCGCGCUUCUCUUUGAAAGUAAUUCUUUAAAAGUUAAAAUGGCUGAUGUGGCUGAGAAAAAGAACGAGACCCCUGUGGUUGAGAAAGUUGCUGCUGAGGAGGUUGAUGCUGUAAAGAAGGAUGCCGUUGUUGCCGACGAGGCAGCGGCUGAAACACCGACCACCACAGAGAACGGUGCCGGCGAGGAGUCCAGCAGCAGCGCCGAUGGCGCCAAGGAAAACGGUGCUGAUGCGAGCGCCGAAGCUGCACCCGCUGCCGAUGCCGUCGAUGGCGAGAAGAAGACCGAAGCACCAGCAGCAGCCGCCGAUGAGAAGAAGAAGGCCGAUGAGACAGAGGAGAAAACAGCUGAGGCCAAGCCAAGCAGCGAGGCAGCAGCUGUUGAGAAUGGCGCCGAUGAUGCAGAGGCAGCCAACGGUGAUUCAAAAGAUGCGCCCGCCGCUGAAGCUGUGAAGCGAAAGGUCGACGAGGCCGCCGCCAAAGCCGAUGAGGUCGUUGCCACGCCGGAGAAGAAGGCGAAGCUGGACGAGGCCAGCACAAAGGAUGAAGUUCAAAACGGUGCCGAAGCUAGCGAGGUGGCAGCCUAAAGUCGCAAACCGCAUCGCAUCGCCCGCUCAGCAGCAGCACAGUACUACAUAUAAAUUUACUAACACAAAAAAUCACACACACACACACAAAAUGCGUUCACUCACAUACACGCACACACACACACACUAGCAAGCACAUGUGAGUACAUUAGUGACACCGUGCGUGUGUGUGUGUGUGUGUGUGUGUUGUGUGCUGGCGCUUCUCUAAUAACAAUCCUGUAAAGGGAGCGUAGUCUUAAAAUGUACCGAUUCUCUCUGACUUUACUAACAAAAAGCAACAAACACAAGAAAAAAAAAAUCCAUUAUCAUUUAAAAUUUACUUAAACAAAACAAAACUUAACUUUAAAGAAAAAAGUAUAUAUAUAUAUAAAAACAAAAAAGAAACAAUUAAGAUGCGUUUUAAGCAGAAAACAAACAAGCAAAAAAAACACGAGUUGUAAACAAGAAAAGCAUCAAAUUUAAUAAUUAUAUGUAAUAAAAACUCAAAAUGAACGAUACAAACAACUUGUCUUGUAAAAGUAAACGAAAACAAAUUUAA